AUGUCUAAACGACUUGAUAUUCUUAUUUUUGGCGCGACUGGCUAUACUGGUCAAUAUGUUAUCGAAGAAAUGGCAAGAAAAGCAAAUCAGUUUGGUUUUAAAUGGGGUAUAGCUGGGCGAACAGCUAGCAAAUUAAAACAAGUUCUCCAAGAAGCUUCAAAUGUUACAGGUAUUGAAAAUUUAACUUCAAAUGUUGAUACAAUUGUUGCAAACGUUACGAAUAGCCAAUCAUUAAUUGAUAUGUGUGCUCAUACAAAAGUUUUAAUUAAUUGUGUUGGACCUUAUCGUCUUUAUGGUGAACCUGUAGUAGAAGCUUGUAUUCAAUCACAUACACAUUAUAUUGAUAUAUGUGGUGAACCACAAUUUCUUGAAACAAUACAACUUAGAUAUGAUAGUCAAGCUCAAGAACGUGAAAUAGCUAUUGUUGGUAGUUGUGGAUUUGAUUCACUUAUUGCUGAUCUUGGUGCUGAAACAAUUCGACAACAAUGUGAACAAAAUAAUCUUGAGAUUGCAUUAAUUGAAAGUUAUAUAACACUAAACUUUCCAAAAUCAACACGUGGUUUAAUGCAUUAUGCAACAUGGGAAUCAGCUGUUUAUGGUAUAUCUCAUGCAAAUGAAUUAAAACCUCUUCGACGAAAAUUAUUUCAACAAAAAUUGCCAUAUCCAAAUUAUAAAAUAGAAAAAAAAUCGCUUAGGAAAACAACAAUUCGUGGAAAAUCAUAUUGGGCUGUACCAUUUCCUGGUAGUGAUAAAUCAGUUGUACAACGUACACAAUAUUUUAAUUAUACAAAAUUAAAUAAAAAACCAAUUCAUUUUCAACCUUAUUUUCAAAUGCCUUCAUUUAUGUCGGCUGUUAAACUUGUUUUUUUCGGUUGUCUUUUUUCAUUAUUUACUAAAUUUAAACUUGGUAUUCAAUGUUUACUUAAAUUUCCACGUUUAUUUUCUGCUGGACUAGUUACAAGAGAAGGAGCAGCACGAGCAGAUUGUGAACAAGCUUCAUUUAAAAUGACAUUUAUAACUCAUGCAGAAAAUGAUCAAAAAUUAAUUCAUGAAUUAACAGGACCUGAUCCAGGAUAUAUUACAACAUCAAUAUUGACAAUUGGCUGUGCAAUUAUGUUACUUAAAGAAAAUGAUCGUUUACCAUUUAAAGGUGGUGUUUUUACGCCAGCAGUAGCAUUUGGACGUACAAGUCUUAUGAAUUAUUUAGAUAAAGAAGGAAUUUCACUUACUCAAAAAAUUCAAACUCAACAAAUACUUCGUCAAUAUACAAUUAAAAAAGAUUUUUUCGGUGGUUUUAAAGCUGGCGAAUAUUCAAUUUAUGAUCAAUACGGUAACAUUUUACUUUUUCGAUUUGAAUCACGUUAUGGUUUUACUCAAACAGCACAACUUUAUGCUUAUCCAGGAAAACAAAUGGUUGCUUCUAUUAGAAAUAACUGGUCUCCAUGGUUAUAUGAUGCUGAAAUUCAAGUAUUUGACACUAUUUUCAAUCAAUGGAUUCCUGGAAGAAUUACUCAAGCUUUUCCUAAUUAUUCUUUUCGAUAUAUUAUUCAAUAUGCAAAUCGACAUUUAAUUAUGGAACAUAAUAUAUUUUCAUUAACAACUGAAAUUCGAAAUGAACAACCACCAAAUUAUAUUCUUGCUCGAAUGAGAUUAAGAUUAUCAUCAAUUAUUUUACCAAAUAAAUAUGAUUUACAAGUAUAUACAAAUGAAUUACCUGAUGUUAUCUAUUUUUUAGCAUUAGCUGCAUAUGAUUAUAAUAAUGGAAGAAGAAUACGUUCUGGUCAAAAUGGAAAAUAA